AUGGCAAAAACAAUUCAUAUAGCAGUAGUGACAAUCCCAGCAUUUAGCCACCAAGCUUCCAUCAUACAAUUCUCCAAAAAUCUGAUUCAUCACCAUAAUCACUUCCACAUAACCAUCAUCUUCCCAACAAUCGAUUCACCUCUCCCACCAACACUCACUUUACUCAAACAUCUCCCAUCUUCCAUCACCUAUACUUUCCUCCCUCCAAUCCACAAACAAUCUCUCCCUCAAAAUCUCUCCCCAGCAGUCCAAAUCCAACUAGCCGUAUCACAAUCCAUGCCAUCUUUCCACUCAACAAUCUCAUCACUCUCUUCAUCAACAACACCACUUGUUGCUUUAGUUUCCGACCCUUUCGCAAACGAAUCGCUUCAAGUGGCUAAAGAAUUCAACCUUUUGUCUUAUAUUUAUUUCCCUCCUUCUGCUAUGACACUCUCACUUUUCAUCCAUUUUCCAAAACUUCAUCAACAAAUUUCAUCUGAGUUUAGAGAUUACAAUGAAGCUAUUCAGCUUCCAGGUUGUGUACCUAUUCAUGGAAUUGAUUUACCUGAACAUUUUCAAGAUCGAUCUAGUCUUGCCUAUGAACUCAUUCUCCAACGUUGCAAAAGAUUCAAUCUUGCUGAUGGGUUUUUGGUUAACAGUUUCAUGAAAAUGGAGGGAAAAACAAUGAAAGCCUUAGAACAAGAACAUAAAGAUUCUGUUUUUCUUGUGGGACCCAUUAUUCAAAAUGGGUCAACUAAUGAAUCAAAAGGUUCAGAUUCAGAUUUAGAAUGUUACAAGUGGUUGAUGAAACAAAGUACUAAAUCUGUUUUGUAUGUUUCAUUUGGAAGUGGUGGAACACUUUGUCAACAGCAAGUUUAUGAAUUAGCUUUUGGAUUAGAGUUAAGUGGUCAAAACUUUUUAUGGGUUUUAAGAGCACCUAGUGAUACAUCGAAUGAAGCUUAUCUUGGUGCUAAAAAUGAUGAUGACCCUUUAAGCUUUUUACCAAAAGGGUUUUUAGAGAGAACUAAAGAACAGGGUUUGGUUGUACCUAAUUGGGCUCCACAAACUCGAAUUUUGAGUCAUGGUUCAGUUGGUGGGUUUUUGACUCAUUGUGGUUGGAAUUCGGUGCUUGAGAGUAUUGUGUUGGGUGUGCCUAUGAUUGCUUGGCCUUUGUUUGCUGAGCAAAAGAUGAAUGCUGUUUUGUUAUGUGAUCAAGUUAAAGUUGCAAUGAGGUUAAAGUUUAGUGAGGAUGGUUUGUUUGAAAGAGAUGAAAUUGCUAAGGUGGUUAAAGGGUUGAUGUUGGAUGGUACAGAAAAUGGGAUUAGGGAAAGGAUUCAAGAGUUAAAAGAUGCUGCUUUUGAUGCUUUGAAAGAAGACGGGUCUUCCACUAAGGCAAUUUUCCAAUUUGGUAAUAGAUUGGAAACACUUGUAACAGAUAUUUAG